AAUAAAUCGAACCAAUAGAAGUGGAUUGAUAAUUGUUUGCAGAGUGGAAGAGUCAGUCUCCAAUCCAAUGCACGUUUUGGCGGCCAAAUAAAAACACACAAUCCCAACAACACCACCUACCCCCAUCUUCACUUCACUUCCAUUGCCCUCGUCAAUAUCUAUGUUCUUUGCAGAUCUACCCAAACAUUUUUCUUGAAUUCCGAACAAGAAAACAACACCCAAUUUUGAAUUCAACAAACAACAAUGUUUUGGUUGAGACCUAUUUUGCGUUCACAACCAAGAUCUUCCAUUUGGGCAUUACACCAUUCUUCCUUUUCCACUUCCUCACCCGCUGCAAUUCAAGCUGAGAAAACCAUUCAACAUGGACCCAGAAACGAUUGGACUAAAGAAGAAGUCAAAUCCAUCUACGACUCUCCCAUUCUCGAUCUUCUCUUCCAUGGGGCUCAGGUUCACAGACAUGCUCAUAACUUUAGGGAAGUGCAGCAGUGUACUCUUCUAUCUGUGAAAACAGGUGGGUGUAGUGAGGAUUGUUCUUAUUGUCCUCAAUCCUCUAGGUAUGAUACAGGACUCAAAGGUCAGAGACUUAUGAACAAAGAGGCUGUUCUUAAAGCUGCAGUCAAGGCAAAAGAGGCUGGGAGUACUCGCUUUUGUAUGGGCGCUGCAUGGAGGGAUACAAUAGGAAGAAAGACAAACUUCAACCAGAUACUUGAAUAUGUAAAAGAAAUAAAGGGUAUGGGGAUGGAGGUGUGUUGCACCCUUGGCAUGCUCGAUAAAGAUCAAGCCGGUGAGCUCAAGAAGGCGGGUCUUACUGCCUAUAAUCACAAUCUUGACACUUCCAGGGAAUACUAUCCAAACAUCAUCACAACAAGGAGUUAUGAUGAGCGCUUGCAAACUCUUGAAUAUGUUCGUGAUGCAGGGAUUAAUGUUUGCUCUGGUGGAAUUAUCGGGCUCGGAGAAGCUGAGGAAGACCGUGUAGGUUUGCUACAUACAUUAUCAACACUUCCUACACAUCCAGAGAGUGUUCCUAUUAACGCACUUGUUGCUGUCAAGGGAACCCCUCUUCAGGAUCAGAAGCCUGUUGAAAUAUGGGAGAUGAUUCGCAUGAUUGCGACAGCGCGUAUAACAAUGCCAAAAGCAAUGGUGAGGUUAUCAGCCGGCAGGGUUCGGUUCUCCGUGCCUGAACAGGCCUUGUGUUUUCUUGCUGGUGCCAAUUCUAUCUUUGCUGGUGAAAAGCUUCUCACAACUGCUAACAAUGAUUUUGAUACCGAUCAACUCAUGUUUAAAGUUCUCGGUCUUCUUCCAAAAGCUCCAACCUUAGAAGAAGAUGAAACUAGCGAGACAGAGAACUAUAAAGAAGCUUCUUCUUCUAGCUAAGCUAGUCAACCAUUUAUGUUAACAUUUGUAAUCCUUCGUUCUUUGACUGCUCAUAACUUCAGAUACAUUGAAUGUUAGGUAUCAGUGAAUUUGCUUAUUCUUAGCUUUGAAGAAAAACUCAAAUAAAAUAAAAUAUAUAAAUGUUGAAAAUUGUUA